AGAAAAAAAAAAGAGCGAUGCUGCCGCUUGUGCGCGUCGGCCGCGCCCCUCUCCGCCGCCUCGGCCGCCUCCUGCUCGCCUCGCCCCAAACCCUAUCGCUCUGCUCCCCUAACACGACCACCGGCUGCGGCGGCGGCGGCAUCUCGCCCCAUGUCCUGACGCUGUCCGCUCGUCCCUCGGCGUGCCGCGGCGGCGAUGGCUCCCCUGCCGCAAGGGCACCCAGCGGCGCCUCGUCGAGAGGCUUCUGCGCCCGCGCGGUUAGCGUGGACGACCAGGCUCCCUCCAGCUCCGCGGACGCGGCCGGCGGCGUCUACGAUCUGUCCGCGCCUUACCUCUCCGUCCGCAUCCGCUGCCGCAAGGAGGACGCUGAUUUGCUCUCCGAGUCCCUCCUGUGCUUUGGCGCUUGCUCCGUCACUGUGGACGACAUUGCCGGCGCUGCAAAUCUCGACGAGAUCUCCAUAACAACCAUAUUUGCGUACGGGGAAAACGUGGGCUUGAGCGUUUCCAGUGCGGCAAGCUCAGCUGGUCUGGACUACAGUCCAGUUUAUGAAACCUCUGUAGGAAAGCAGUGUGAUUGGGUGACACUUGUGCAGGAAUCGUAUGAGUCUACUAAAGUUAUCGAUGGCCUCUGGAUUAUUCCUAAAUGGAGAACUCCCCCUGAUCCACAGGCCACAAAUAUAAUCAUCAAUCCAGGUUUGGCUUUUGGAACUGGGGAGCAUCCCACAACUAAGUUGUGCCUUCUAUUUCUAAAGGAAGUGAUUAAAGGGGGUGAGCGUGUCUUGGACUAUGGAACAGGCACCGGAGUAUUGAGUAUUGCAGCUCUGAAGAUGGGCGCAGCUCUAUCCACGGGGAUAGACAUAGACCCUCAAGCUGUAGCAUCUGCUCAUGAGAACAGGUUGCUGAAUGGUAUGGAUUCGAACAAGAUGCCAGUUUACUUGGUACCAGCGGGCGCCAAGCCUUCAUCCUUCUCAAGCAGCAUUGACAAAUCAGAAGAGAGAAAACCCAGCAGUGACCCUGAGCUGAAGUCCUCAAAGGGUACAUUCGACAUCGUUGCAGCAAAUAUACUGCUGAAUCCCUUGCUAGAGCUGGUCGAGGACAUAGUUGGUUAUGCAAAAACUGGUGGAACAGUUGCUGUUUCUGGGAUAUUGUGUGAGCAGGUUCCAAAGGUCGAAAAGGCUUAUUCCAGGUACUUGGAUAAUGUGUCAGUAUCUGAAAUGGAUGGAUGGACCUGCCUUCAGGGAACAAGAAAGGCGUAGAAUUUCAGUUUUCUUCUCCUAUUGUAAAGGCAGAUCAUCCUACUUUCUUGACUACUGAGAGAUUUUUUGCCAUAGAAAAGGAGAGUUGUUUUCCCUUACUACCUGACUCAAUUUGGUUGAAUUACUUGAAUGUUGUUGAACUACACUGUAUAUUGUUUUGAAGGCAUGUUUGACAAUUCUUCCAAGGAGUGACUUGUACAUCACUUUCUGUCGUGUGAUAAGAAAACACGUGUUGUUCAGUGUA